AUGUCUAUAUCUUUAUCUAUUUCUCUUUCUUUCUUUCUUUCUUUCUUUCUUUUUCCUCUUUCUCUCUCUCUCUCUCUUUCUUUAUUUCUCGUUUUCUUUAUCGCCCUCUCUUCCCCUCCCUCUCUUUCCUUCACUCUCUUCCUCUCUCUUUCCCAUUCUCUCGGUCUCUUUCCUUCUCUUUUUAUCCCUCUCGCUUUACCUCUCUUUUUCUUUUUCUCUCUUUCUAUCUCUCCCUCUCUCUUUCACCCACUCUGCUCAUUUCUCUGUAUCUAUUUCAUUACAUUUCAUUUUGAUUUUUCUUCUUCUUUUCUUCCCUUCUCCCUCCCUCCCUCCCUUCCUUCCUUUUUUCCUUCCUUUCUUUCUUACUUUCUUUUUUUCUUACUUUCUUUCUUUCUUUUGUUUUCUUUAUUUUUUUCUUUCUUUCUUCAACUGCUCAUCUUUAGCUUUCUUUCUUUCUUUCUUUCUUUCUUCCUUCCUUCCUUCCUUCCUUCCUUUCAUUCAUUGUUCACCUGUAUUUUUCUUCUGUCUUUCUUUCUAGAUUUAUCUUUAUUUUCCUUCCUUCCUUCGUUUCUUUCUUUCUUUCUUUCUUUCUUUCUUCCUUUAUAUCUAGGUUCAUCUUUAGCUUCUUUCCUUCCUUCCUUCCUUCCUUCCUUUCAUUCUUUCUUUAUUUCUUUCUUUCUUCAUUCUUUCCUUCCUUCCUUCCUUCUUUCGUUUCUUUCUUUCUUUAUUUAUUUAUGUCUAAGUUCCUCUUCAGCUUCCUUUCUUCCUUCCUUCCUUUCUUUUUUCUUUCUAGAUUUAUCUUUAUUUUCCUUCCUUCCUUCGUUUCUUUCUUUCUUUAUUUAUUUAUUUAUUUAUUCCUUCUUUCCUUCCUUUCAUUCUUCCUUCCUUUCUUUCUUCCUUCCUUCGUUUCUUUCUUUCUUUCUUUCUUUCUUCCUUCCUGCCUUCGUUUCUUUCUUUCUUUCCAUCUAG